GUUUUAGAUGGCAUCAAGGAAGAAUCCGUCACUAGGUUGGCUCUAGCGGUGGGGAAGGGAGGAGAAACUUCUUCUGUGCUCGCGUGUUGCAUCGUCUUGCUUGUAUUCUUCGUACUUGUACUGCAUUCAUGAAGGCUGAUUUUCAUCACCGUUGAAGUUUUUGUAUUGUGAUCUUCAUUAUUUCUAUUCAUGAAAAUACCCCAGUAGGUAUUUGGAUGCCAUGCUCUAGCCAUGCUCCAGCCAUGCUACAGGGAUCACUAGAUCAACCCUGCAACCUCCUUUUGAGUACGAAUAUUCAUUAUAGAAUACCACCCGAGUAGGCAGUGCAGCAUCAAGUCAUCCCACCCUUCAUGAGGAAUACAAAUACUACCCAAAAGAAGCAGCCAAGCCAACCAGGAAUAAAUUCUUGGGAAAACGAAAAGGUUAAGCUUACUUCCUUUUGGAUGGAAUUUGACGGGAGACUAUUAUGACAGAUCUCCACUGUUUUAAUUGGCAUUAAGGAAGAAUCCCGUCUAUCCCAUAUUUUGGUUCUGGGCAAAGACCUAGCCCUCAGACCCAUGAGCCCCAUUCCCUUGUGCAACAUCUCUGAGAAGAUUCAAAUCUUUCACGUAUCCAGCAUGGAAUCUUUUGAUGAUUUCGAUCCCCAGUGUAACUUAAACUAGGACAUCAACCAUUGCAGUCAUCAACAUGUACUACUCACGGAAUUACAUCUUGACAUUACUUACUUGCUUCUCGUGGAGUGUAGGAUACACUGGAGCUGAUGAUCAUGGUGUUGUUUUUCUGUAUCCAACAGAUAAUCUCACCAUCAACUAUCUCGAUACCGUUAAUGUAACCUACACAUCUCCCUUUCCAGAGCCUCAACUUUGGAUCUAUUGCCAGAAUAUUACGGAUCUUACGGGUCCACUAAUCACAGAAAGUUAUACCACGGUGACGGCAUUUAAUGGCUCUGCGCCAAUCAAUUGGAGAUGGCUAGGUGGUUCGCCUUGCUGGUUUGAUUUGAAGCCAAAUGCGUCAAAUGGUUAUGGAGCCAAUAGUGAACAUUUCAUCGUCGACCAAAAUCAACGUGCAUCGCCUACAACAUUAGGAUUGCCGUUAUCUACGGAUUCGUCAACUUCCACGACGUCGACAUCAACUACUGCUUCGGCUAGCAGUGAUGCUACCACGACCGCAACUCCAAACCCUACCAGCUCUUCCAUCGAUAGUUCCGCAUCCGCAGCAUCCGCCUCCUCAUCACCGACCCAAACCGGGCUUUCUACCAAUAGCAACCCCUCGACCGGUCUUUCCGGCGGAGCCAAAGCCGGAAUCGGCAUCGGCAUCGCAAUCGUAGCACUCUUGGCAUUGGCAGCGGGAUUUUUCUUCUGGCGCAAGAAACAGGCGAAAAACACGGAUUACACGUCAUAUCCUACUUCGGACGUGAAUAUGCAUGAGAAAAUGGUGGACUCGAGCGAUUAUCCGAGAAGUGAAGGCGUGGCGUAUGAGAUGUAUGCGCCGGAAUAUCAUGUGGAGAUGUCGGGGACGCAGCCGGUGAGGGAAUUGGGAGAUGGGGAGAUGAAGAGUCAGUCCACGAGGUUAGCGUGAAAAGAGUCGAAGAGAUGGAUAUACAUCUUAUUUUUCUCUGGCUAGAGAAUAUAUUGGAUGGCUCGUUUUGUGGGAAAUGCAAUGGGAUUAUGGAAUUUUGAUGGGAAAACAUCGGAGUCGGGGCUUUUACUUCAGAUCGCUCGAAUGGUCUGUCUUGAUGUGUCGGAUGAAUUGGAUGUCGAUAUCAUGGAAUUGGUUACAGUCUCUCGGGUGGAACUGGUUAUUAUUUCCAUGCAUCGCGUGCAGGGAGGAUGGCAUUAUUACGUGGGAAUUUACGUUUCUUGGAAAGCAGGUAUCUAUGUAAUAUCUUUAUUAUGUUUGGAGAGGGAAUGUCCUGGAUGGGAAGGAUAGGUUGUUGAGCUACUUAUGUUUAUAUUUUAUAUCAAUGUUUAUUUCGUUUCGUUCCGAUCA